AUGCGCAUUUCCUCUCUUUCACUUCCUUUGGCCCUGGGCCUCGUGGGAACUGCUGCCGCCUAUCCUCACCCUGAACAAGGGCCAGACUUGCGUCGCGGGCCGGACAAUAAAGCCAAGGCUGAUGCUGUCAAAGAAGCUUUCCAACAUGCCUGGGAUGGCUAUGUAAAAUAUGCUUUCCCGCACGACGAGUUGCACCCAGUGAGCAAUGGUUAUGGUGACUCCAGAAAUGGAUGGGGUGCAUCGGCUGUCGACGCGCUCUCAACUGCUAUUGUCAUGGGCAACAAGGAUGCCGUGAGCAAGAUUUUGGAUCAUAUUAUGACCAUCGACUUCUCAAAGACCAGUGACGAGGUCAGCUUAUUUGAGACAACUAUCCGGUACCUAGGUGGUAUGCUGUCUGGGUAUGACUUGCUUAAGGGCCCUGCAGCGAAUCUCGCUCCCUCAUCGGACCAUGUGGAUGCCUUGCUCUCCCAGUCCAAGAACCUGGGCGAUGUCCUAAAGUACGCUUUUAACACUCCAUCUGGUGUUCCAUAUAACAACCUCAACAUUGGCUCCAAAAGCCACGACGGUUCAAGUACCAAUGGCCUCGCCGUGACUGGAACUCUGGUUCUCGAGUGGACGCGCUUGUCCGACCUGACGGGCGACGACGAAUAUGCUAAGCUGAGCCAAAAAGCCGAGUCAUAUCUACUCAACCCUCAGCCGUCGAGCGGAGAGCCAUUCCCUGGUCUGGUGGGAAGCAAUAUCAAUAUUUCUAACGGCCAUUUCAGCGACGGUGCUGUCUCGUGGAAUGGCGGUGAUGACUCGUUCUACGAGUACCUGAUCAAGAUGUACGUCUAUGAUCCCAAGAGGUUCGAGUCAUACAAGGACCGCUGGAUCCUUGCAGCCGAGUCGACCAUCAAGCACCUUACAUCACACCCCAAGAACCGCCCGGAAUUGACUUGGCUGGCUUCAUACUACAACGGCCAAUACGACCUCAGCUCGCAGCAUCUGACCUGCUUUGACGGCGGCAGCUUCAUCUUGGGCGGUACCGUUUUGGACCGACAAGACUUUAUCGACUUUGGCCUGCAGCUCGUGAACGGUUGCGAGGCUACAUACAACCAGACUCUGACAGGAAUCGGACCUGACUCGUGGGGCUGGGACCCGAAGAAGGUACCAAACGACCAGAAGGAAUUCUACGAGAAAGCCGGUUACUAUAUCAACAGUGGCUCAUAUGACCUGCGCCCUGAAGUCAUUGAGAGCUUCUACUACGCGUACCGGGUCACUGGCAAUGAGAUCUACCGCGACUGGGCAUGGAACGGUUUCAAGGCAAUCAAUGCCACCUGCCGCACCGACUCAGGCUUCGCUGCCGUGAGCAGCGUCAACACCUCUGGUGGCGGUUCAAAGUACGAUAACCAAGAGAGUUUCCUUUAUGCCGAGGUCAUGAAGUAUGCGUACCUUGUGCACGCAGAAGGGCAAUAA